AUGUUUCGUAACCAAUACGACAGCGAUGUAACAGUGUGGAGUCCUCAGGGUCGACUACACCAAGUCGAUUAUGCUGUGGAAGCCAUGAAACAAGGUUCAGCUACUGUUGGAAUCAAGAGCGCAACACACGCAGUUUUGGCUGCUUUGAAGCGCGCUCAAAAUGAACUUUGCUCACAUCAAAAGAAAAUAUAUGAAAUCGAUACACAUGCAGGCGUUUCAAUCGCUGGUCUUCUGUCCGAUGGAAGAAUCCUCGCAAGGUUCCUGCAGACAGAGUGCUCUAGCUGGCGAUGGGAUUACAAGUUGCCUGUCCCCAUUUCAUCGCUUGCCGACAGCGUCCAGCUUAAAUUGCAAGCAAACACUCAGUAUUAUGGUCGUCGACCGUUCGGUGUAGGGCUGUUAAUUGCUGGAUACGACAAGGAUGGCACUCACAUUGUGCAGUCCGACCCAUCAGCAGAGGUUGUUGAAAUGUUUGCUUCUUCCAUUGGUGCAAGGUCGCAAUCAGCUCGUACUUACUUGGAAAGAAACCUAGACAAGUUCAGGGAAGCAAACGCUGAAGAACUGAUUCGCCAUGCUCUUUUAGCCUUAAGGGAUACGUUGCCUGCGGAGGAGAACCUAACGAAUCAGAAUACAUCAAUUGCUAUUGUCGGUAAGGAUCAGCCAUUCAAAAUCAUGGAUGACUCGGAGGUUGCUCCCCAUCUAGCUAGGAUCAGCAGCACGCCUCGUACAACAGCUCAGUCUGAGGCGCCUGCGGCAGAACAGAUGCAGCAAUAG